CAGCACAACAACGACAACUUCAACACACUCUUGAAACCCAAGUCCUCUAUUGUCUAUUCUGUUUUUCUUUUUUUUUUCUUUUUUAAUUUUUUUAUCACCCCAUAAAAAAUAAAAACCAAAUUCCAUUCCCAAUGUGAAAACACUUCCAAAAGCUUGAGCCUUUGAAUCAUCCAACACACACCAACACCACAAAGCUGAAACCUUUUCUUCGUUUGCUCUUAUUCAUAUUCUUAUUCUUAUUCUUCUUCUCUCCUUCUAUUCCUACUCUUCGUCACCAACAAAACACAUCUCUGACCUGUCUCAAUCCGUGUCUUCAAAGUACAAACCUUAGUUAGAUCCACUUGGGUCUUUAUUGCAGAGGCUUCUUAAUGGCCAACUCUUGAUUAUUCAUGGGGUCGAUCAAAGAUUUCUGUGUCAUCCUUGUUCUCGUCAAAGAUGGAGCCUUUGCAUUCAAAUAUCCCUUCUUUUGAAUCAUAGGCUUUGUGAACUUUUCUGUGUGGCCUCGGAAAAUGCAAUCCAGUGGACCUGAAUCAGCAAGCCCCAUCACAAACCGGGUUCAGUCCUUGUCUUCUGCUGAGACAAGAGGGAAGCAUAGGGUACAUGCAGAAGUGAAGAGGUUGGAACAAGAAGCAAGGUUCUUAGAGGAAGAGCUGGAACAACUUGAAAGGAUGGAUAAAGCAUCUGCACCAUGCAAAGAAACACUCAGUAAUGUGGAAACAAGACCCGAUCCGUUACUACCAACAACUAUUGGCCCCCUAAAUCCUUCAUGGGAUCGAUGGUUUGAAGGCCCUCAAGAAUCUAAAGGCUGCAGGUGCUGGAUUCUCUGAUGAUCAAUGGAUACCUGCUAUAUUUCAUUGACCAAGACCUCACCAAACACAUUCUACAGUUUUACCCUUUCUUUUCUUUUUUCCUAUUUUCUUUUUCACCCACCUUCUUUGAUCCAGGAUUGAGCAGAGAAUUUGAGAGUUUUGAAACAGUAUUGUUAUUGGCAAAUUUUAAUGGAAUGCUUCCUUGUGCAGAUGACAAUUUAUAGUAUAAACAUAGCUAUAUGUGCUUCAGAUCAUAAUUACCAAUACCUUGUUAAUGAUUAUUUGAUAUUUUUUCUUUCCUUUUCA